GGAGGCACAUGGUCAUUCAGUGAGAAGCAGGCUCUACAUUCGCACGGCUCCAUAAGGAUUACUGACCUGACUGGAUAUUGUCUUCACUGUGUCCCACUUGGAUCUGUCUCACCGUGUGUCCUCUGUCUCUCCCCCCUGUCCCCCUGCUCCUCUCCCCCUCAGGAUGUCGUGUGAGGAGGCUCAACUUCAUAAAGAGCGGCUGCAGGCCCUAGCGGAAAAACGAAAAAGACAAACAGAAAUUGAAGACAAAAGACACCAGCUCGAUGACCUGGUAUUGCAGCUACAACAUGUCAAGUCCAAAGCUAUGCGGGAAAGAUGGCUGCUCCAGGGAACCGUGGUGGAGGAAGAGGAGGCCCGGAGGAAACAGCUGGAGCAGGACGAAGAGCAGGGGAAGAGGCUAGAGGACAUCAUCCAAAGACUGGAAUCUGAAAUAGAAGCUCUUGAAAGUGAAGAGUCUCAGAUAUCGGCCAAAGAGCAGGUUCUACGGGAGCGGCUAAAAGAGACAGAGCGCUCCAUUGAGGACCUGCAGAAGAGCUUGAUGAACCAGGAUGGAGAUGCUACAGGCUGCAUGUCGGACCGCGGCCACCCCAGCACAGAGCAGCUCGUCCGGACUGGCCCUCUAGCAUCUGGAGAGCACACCACCUCCAGACCUGCAAUGUUUGCCAUGGAGAUCAACGUACAGCGUGACCCGCACACCGGGGAGCAGCGCGUCCUGUCAGCCAGCCGUGUAAGCCCCUCGGAGGCAGCCACCCGUGGGGUCAAAGUCUAUGAUGAUGGGAAGAAGGUGGUGUAUGAGGUGACCUCCUCAGGGGCAGUGUCUACCACCACCAUGGAGAAUGGGUGGAGCUCCAGCCAGGUGGAGCAGCUGAUUCAGCAGGCCGCUCGGCCAGUCAUCCACAGAGGGGACAGUAUGAGGGGUCAUGUGACCGUGAGCCCUGCUCCAGCCAAGCCUCCUCAGGCUGAUGAUGACCUUUCACCCCCCUCCUGCGCCCCACCCUCUAUCCCUUCCAGUCCCCCAGCACAGGUCACCCUGCAGAGGGAACCCCAACUGGGCAUGAUGCCCCCGACCUCUGCCCCUAUCACUACUCAGCCAGGUGCACUGCCAGGCCCAGACCCCCAGGCAUCCACGGAGCACCCAGUCACUAUGGUGUUCCUAGGGUACCAGGAUGUGGAGGAUACCAGUGAGAGCCGCAGACUGCUGGGCUUUGAUGGAGCGGUGAAGGCUGAGGUGGUUCUGAUUGAUGAAGAUGAUGAGAAGUCUCUGCGAGAGAAGACGGUUACAGAUAUCUCUGCCAUAGAUGGGACAGCAGCAGAUCUGGUGUCAGGACGUCCCGCCACAUCUGAAGCCGUCAGCACAGAACUGUCCUCAGAGGGGCGUGAGCCAGACUCAGCCUCAUCACCCAAUGCCAACCAGGAAGCCACAGCCCCGCCCCCCGGCCUGACCCCGCCCACAGGCUACAUCCCUUCACCAGGCGUUACCGUGACAACAGCAAAUGGAUGUGAAGCUCCCAUUCUGACCGGACACCCGCACACUGCCAUGAAAUCGUGGCUGGCAGCUGAGGAUGUGAGUGACCCCAUUCCCAGAGAGCGAGCCCUGAAGAGUGUUAGUUUCCAGGAGUCAGUCAGCGUUAUCACUGACAGGCCUGCAACCAUGGAACUGGACAGCCAGCAGAUCCAACAUGGCUGCCUCAGCAUGUCACACAAUGCAGUCAGUCUGAAAGAAACUUCUGACAGUGAGCUUGUACAGGAGAUCUGCUACUUGGACCAGGUGUUAGAUGCUGCCUCGGAUGAGCAUCCCAAAUCUCCCAGUGUGGACGGCUUUAGCCCCUCCCCCUGCACUCCUGUCAAUCACCAAUCACACGAGGAACGCUCUCCUAUCCACACCAAUGGACAUGUGCAGGAGGACUACAGCCAAAGCAAGCCAAAGUUUGAACUGAGGGCAUUUCAUGAGGAGAGGAAGCCCGCGAAGCUCUUCACCCCCGGGGACGAGCAGCCAGUCAGGGUGACAAGGAGGCGACCAUCAGAAGAGGUGCAGGAGUUGGAGCGUGAACGCCAGGAGCUGAUCAAAGACCAGGCUGUGAAGAAAAACCCAGGAAUCGCCACUCGCUGGUGGAACCCCCCUCAAGAGGUUCCCCUAGAGGAGCAGCUGGAGGCAGAGCAGCUUGAAUCCUUAAAGAAAUAUCAAGAGAGGAAGCAGCAGAGACAGUGUCACCCCCACACAUACACACAGCCUCAAGUGUCCGGCCCUCCCACCGUGGUGAGCUUCGACCCCCAGCUCACCCGAAAGGAGGAUAUUGUGGAGGAGCAGAUCGAUUUCAGUUUGGCUCGAAAGCAGUUUCUUCAAGAGAACAAGAAAGACAUCGCUCCUCACAUCUACUCGGCCAAACCCUUCUCCAAACCACGCACCAGCCAGGGCAACAGUGACAUCAUGGCAGACACCGCGGAGAGUCAUGUGACCUGGUCUGACGAGGGGAUUGGAGGAGACUUUACUUGCGCACGGGCUGUCAUGACCAUCCUACCCGAAGACGAAGAAGCUAAAGCCCAGUAUCAGUCCAGCUUUCACCCUGAGGAAUCGGACUCUGGAUUGGAUGAAUUGUCUGUCCGUUCCCAGGACACCACCAUUUUCAGUUUGGAUAACGUGUCCGACAGCGGCGCUUCACUGCCUCCCACCCCACAGCCUCUCACCCCUAUCUCCCCUCCAACCCCCCAACCCACCACCCCAGUCAACGGACAAAAUGGCAGCAGCCCCUCUGAAGAAGAUCUCGACUACCACGCUGGAGUUCUUGUGGAAAACGCUAUCCAGAAUGCGCUAGCGUCUCAGAACGGGACCGACUGGCAAUCAUUGUAUUCCGACUCGAGUGCCCCUGCAUCUCCGCCUGCUUCCAAACAACCCUUAUCAAGUAGCCCGUUGCCAGUGUCUUCAAGCAAUAGCGUCCAAUCUUCAGUCUGCUCCAGCCCAGAAGUUAAAAUACAAGAAAAACGCUCAGAAAAUCUCCAAACUCCUUCUCCUCCAACUUCCCAGCCGGUAUCGCCACCAGCACGACCCAAAAAUGGUGGGCCAAGAAUCAAAAUACAGUCUUCUUAUGCCAGAGCUCUUGCCGCGUCUACUCCCGCCAUAACCCCAGCACCUGUCCCAGUAGCACCAGUGACCAGACCCACCCCAGUCUACCGUCCUCCAUCUCCACCAAGCCCAGACAAACCAGAAUUCAGCUAUUUCAGUAAAUACUCCGAAGCAGCAGAGCUUCGUAGCACGGCAGUGGUGACGAAAGGCCCGGAGGUAGAGCCCGCAAGUGGGCCUUUCCGUUUGAGAUCCAAGAAGCAGAAGACCUUGUCAAUGAUUGAGGAGGAGAUCAGGGCAGCACAGGAGAGGGAGGAGGAGCUGAAGAAGCAGAGGGAGAAUCAGCCGACAGUGGUGGUGAGGGGCAGCAGAGGAGGGACCAACGGCAGUAAUAAUGGGCCAGUGAGGACGGGAGUGAGGAAGACCACCAUAUCUCCAGCAGAUAAGAUGAAGAGUAACAGUCUGCCAACCAGGCUCACGCUGACAGCCAAGACAGCUCCAGGAAAGAUCGAGAAAGUGCGACCCGCUCCUCCUGUCUCGCCCUCCCCGUCUGAAGGAGCUCUGUCGGACGCUGGCAGUGAAGACUCUUCUGGGUCAUCUCGCCCCAAAAACUUCAUGCAGACGCUCAUGGAGGAUUACGAAACACACAAGGUCAAGAGGAGGGAGAAGAUGGAGGACUCACAAUACGCCCGCUUGCUGUUGGCCAGUAAGGUGACCCACGAGGUCCUGGAAGCUACCCGCGUAACCAGGAGAAAGAGCGACAUGGCGAUGAAAUGGGAGGCUGGUAUUUAUACCAAUGAGGAAGGUCAAGAGGAGGAGGAGGAGGAGGAGGAAGAGGAAGAAGAAGAGUAAAAUUUUGUUAUGGACAAUGUUGAGAGGAAAAAAGCAGGACUCAAAGAAUGCAGAAGGACUGAGAUGGAAGCGAACAGUAUUUAUUAUUUUACUUAUAGUAUUCUGACUAUCAUUGUGGAAAUGCAUUGACUUUUGGACCUAAGAACGAAAACUAGUAUGUUGCAAGUACGUGGGAGACUAUUCCAAAUGGUAUCUUGAAAGAUGUGUUGAAAGAAAACAUUUUUGGAAAGUUGAUCUGGGAGUAUAACAAUAUAUACAUACAUACAUACAUACACACACACACACACACACACACGGUUGCCUAAAAGCUAUUAAGAGAGAUUGUUUUGCAGUGAUAUAAAUUCACUCCACAAUUUUUUAUAACGAUAUUGAUCAUUUUGAUAUGAAAGAUGAUGAAGAAAGCGAGCUAGUCCGUUGUUAGCAUGUUGCAUUGAUAAGGCUACAUCCAUUCAAAAUAGUGGAAUGGACCAAUGGCAAAAGAGAUUAAUGAAUGCACAAUUUGUAUAUAUAGCAUCUUUUCAGAGCUGAAAUUCCAGUAGGCCUUAGAGAACAUAGAUAGAUGUGUCUUAUAAUCACUACAGUGGCUUGUGACAAUGUUUAUGAAGUAGCUUGAUGGGAAACAAAUGAAUUGCAAAGUUAAUGUUAAGGGCUUUUUAAGUGUUUCUAUACUUAACAGUCACUUAUUUUAGCUUUAUUGGUAAUAUUGCUUUGUGAACUUUCUUUUUCCGAUGUAAGCAGUUUUUCAUGUACUAUAAUACCAAGGUAGGAUUGUCUGUUGCGUAUGCAUAUAAACCUGGAGGAAUACUUGCUUGCUGGUAUUCUGGGAAAAAUAUUGAAAAUGUUUUGUAAAAUUGUUGUCAUAAAAAAGUUUGUAGUCUGAGAUAAUCUUUUGAAAGUUGCCUAAAUUUGCAGUUUAAGACAUGCUGAUUGUGAACAUUCAACUAAAAGCCUUUUUGAUAAUAGCUUAGGACAUUUUGUUUUUUGAUGUUGUUUUCUUUUUUUUUUUUUUUUUUAAGAGUUGGACAAUUGACUGGAGAGUUGUCUGUAAGAAUUAAAUUAUGUUAUUAUUAAUAUGAAUUAUGGAUUGAAAGAUACAAUAUUUCUGAACCACUGACAAUGAAUGAUUACAAUGUUUUUGGGGUGGUUUUGAGCCUUUUUACAUUUUUAAUUCAAACCAAAGGUCGCCAUUUUGAUUGUCUGCCAGUUUUGUUUGUUCGAAGUGUCCUUUAGCUGAUAAUAGUGUAAUAGUGAAACCUCUUGGACUAGGCCUGUGUAUUUAUUUUGACAAGACCACAGUCAAAAGUAAAAGAGUAAACAAAUUCUGACUACUCAGAAUCUCCAUAACUACUUUAGUGAUAUGUAUUUGAAUCAAAGUAUUAAAUAGACGUGCUAUUCUAGCUAGUUUUUGUAGAAAGGUCUGUUUCAAACAAGUUUUCUCUAGAUAUUGGACCUAAAUACGUUUGAUAACUUGUUGCGAUGGACUAUUUGGUUACAAUGACUGCCACCUACUGUGUUGACUUUUGCAAAACGCUUUUUGUAUAUUACAAAGAAAUAAAAUGUGUACUGUGUCUAAAAGCUCAAAUUCAGGACAAAUGAACUGUUGGUCGAUGUAAGAUUUCAGAAAUUUCUUACAAUUUGAUGUUUGAAUUCAUGAUGCAGAGAUUAUUUUAUUUAUCAUUUUUAUUGCAGGUUGCUUCACCCAUUGGGAGUCAUAGUAUACAAUGUGUGUGUUGAAGCGACUCAAUAUUAAAACAGUAUAACCUCUGUUCCUAUGUUAACCACUUGUAUGCUCAUAACCUGCUUUUUCUUUAAUAGCACAUGUAAGCCUCACACUUAUACACCCGCUAUUACAUACUAUGAAUAUUUUCUCAAUAAAAUCAAAAUACUUUUUAAUAA